AUGUCUUCAAGUCAGGCUCAAUCCACGACGACCAUUCUAUGUAUUAUUGAUGAAUGGGAGAAGAGCACUGUUCUUUUGGAGAGUGAGGAAAAGUUGUUGGAAAUUAUUAGAAAAUCAAAAGAAGAAGAUACGUCAUAUGGCGCUGAACAAAUUGAUAUUUCCGAUGAUGCUGAGCGUGAUGAUGAUCAAAAUGAAGGAACAGGAUUAAUUAUGUGGGAUGGAGAUUUUCUGGAACACGAUGAUGAUGACCAACAAAUUGAUUAUCCCUACGAAAAUUACUUGUCAAAAUUGAAACAUUACCAAGAGUUGAGUCAUUCUCUGAUUGUAAAGAGUAACAACACAUUGGCCAUUUCCGAUGAUUUGCAAGAACAGUACAACUUGGUUUGUUCAAAAACAAGCCGAUUACAUCACGACUGUGAAACUUUGGUUAAAGAAACAGAACAAUUAGAAAAGUGUAGCAUGGAGUUGGGAAAUCGAUUGAAACAUUUCGAUGAUACGGAUUAUUUGAAUCAACAACUUUCAUCAAGUGGCUAUCUGGACGUAGGCAGCGAUGCUUUUAUCAAAACUUUAGGAAAGCUUGAGGAAUCUAUCAAUUUUCUUAGCAACAACUUGGAUUACAAGGAAGCAAAAACCUAUCUUACCAAACACAAAUAUUUACUUUCUAAAUCUUUAGCGCAUGUUAGAGAUCAUAUAAUUUUAAAAAUCAAAUCCUCUGUUGAGAAUCUAUUCACAAAAUUGAAAUCUGUUUCAGCAAGUGACGAGCUUCAAGAGUUUUCGCUUCUUUUUAUUGAUUUUAAGGUCUCCAUAGAAAAGGACAAGCAAGCCAAAAUUGAUUUUGCUCGAUCCGCCUGUGAAUACAUGAUUCAGAUUUGUGCUCAAGAAACACAUCUAUUCCAUCACUUUUUCACAAAUUGUAAAGAUGAGCGAAGACUCUCUCAUAGAUUUUCCAAUUUCAUGGGUACCUUCACAAACAUUUUGUAUGAUACUGUUCGAGAAAUGGCUAUUAAGGAAAAUAGAAUUGAUACGUUAUGUUCAUUGAUUGAGGUGCUGAGAAAUGAUAUUCUACAGGAAGGUAUCAAAACAAAAAAGACAGUGCCCUAUUUUGAAGCGGUAGUGCAUCUCAUGGUUCAAGACAUUCAAGAACGAUUGAUUUAUCGUACCUCAUUCUUCAUCGCCAAUGAAGUCACCAAAUAUCAACCUACACCUGAAGAUUUAGAUUAUCCGAAUAAGCUGAAACUCUCUCCAGAAGAAGGUGUCUCUCCGGAAAAACCGUCUCGCAAACAAUUUGGAAUUUAUUAUACGACUCUGGGAUGGACGUUAAGUCUCCUCAGCAAACUGUACAAAGUUUUGGAUGUGGAGGUAUUUGAGGGCCUUGCUCAGGAGGCUGUCUCUGCUUGUGCUCUCUCAUUCAUUGACGCAAGUAAGAAAAUUUCUGAGAAAACAGAUGUGAUGAAUGGUUCACUUUUCCUCAUCAGCCAUCUAUUGACUCUUUUACAUGAACUGAGCUACUUUAACGUGAGCUUUACCAAAACUGAGACAAGUCUUGAUUUUUCCCAUCUCUUUGAAGGAAUUUCCAGAUUUUUGAAAGGACAAGCUAGUUUUAGCGUUACAAGCUUAAUCUUUGACCUCCUUAGUCAGACAAGACCACGACUUGUCGUGAGUAGUUUUGAUUCCAAAAAAGAUUUGGAGAAACAACUCAAAUUGGCUUGUGAAAACUUUAUUCUCAACACUGUGAAGCAAGUGGCUGACUCAUGUAUGACCUUUAUCAAAAAGCAUAAUAUCAACAAAGAUACUCAAGAAUCGAAUGAAGUCAUCAUCAAAGAAAUUCAAAACAUUCGACAAGAAAUGAAUGUCGAUCUUAAAACCAAACUCUCCUAUUCAAGCCAGUUGAUGACUCUCUAUUUACGAGAAGAGAAAACAUCAAACAAACUUUCUGAGCCCAUCACUGAACAGCUCAACUCUCUCUAUCAACAGCUCUUGAAUUAUCUGAAUGAAAACACCACUUUGGAACAGAGUCAAAAAACUGAGUUGAUCCAAUCACUUCUCUCCCCAGAACAAUUUUCUUCUCUCCUCUUGGAUUGCUUUCGAGGAAAUGAAGACAGCACUACCUCGAAUGGAGAGCACCAAGUAACCAAGUAA